AUGAUCGUUCAAACAAGGAAAAAAGAGCUUAAGAAGAAAAACGCUCGUGCCUCUCGUGUCUCCACCGACCCCCUCCGGAAAUUAAAGAUCUGGGUAUUGUAUCCUUAUCUUGAAACUUCCGAUCCCAACCUCCAACACUAUUACGAUUUUAAUCAAAGCCUGCAGGAAUACACCGCUGUAUUUAAAGAACUGGAUGCCGACUGGACCUGGCAACCCGUUACCAUGCUUAACUAUAAAGAAGUAAUCGGUUCCCUCAAAAGAAAGUCAGGUCGAAAGAUUCCUCUCGUUUUGAACUUGUGCGAUGGCGAUGAAGUGAAUGGAACACCCGGCGUUUCUAUCAUUCACGAACUCGAGAAGAACAAACUAAUCUAUACCGGAUCUGACGCACACUACUACGAUAUCACUACUUCCAAGAUACCCAUGAAACGGGCAUUCGAUGCUGCCGGCGUCCCAAAUGCCAAAUGGGAAAUCAUCGAUGGAAGCGAAGAUUCAGUUAAAGGCUUAUGCAAAAAGCUAGGUGCACCGCUGAUCAUCAAACCCGCUGUGUCCGGUGGUAGCAUGGGUGUAUCCGUAAAGAAUGUGGAACUCAUGAAGUAUGUAGCGCAUUGCGAAGGUGUCAGAACUCCUGGGUAUUUUAUUAUCGACCAACCUAAAGAUAUCGACAAGGUUGAGCAAUAUCUCUCCUACCCGAUGUUUAUCAAACCCGCCAAAGCAGGAGAUAGCCUCGGCAUUGAUGAGAAUUCUGUUUUAUAUAAUAAGGAAGACCUUUUGAAGAAAGUAGUGGAGAUAUUCAAUGAUUAUGGGCCACUCCUGGUUGAAGAAUAUAUCGAUGGACGAGAGUUUACUGUACUGGUAGCCGCCAAUAAAGAUGGAAAGUCCUGUAAAGUAUUUAAGCCCGUUGAGUAUGUCUUUCCCGAGGGAAAGAGUUUUAAAACCUACUCUCUGAAGACUUCUGAACUUCAUCCUGAUUGUAACUUUCCCUGUACAGAUCCGGUUCUCGAUGCCAAAUUGAGGGAAGCCACUGAAAAGAUAUUCAAAGGCUUUAAUGGUGUCGGUUAUGCGCGCCUUGACUUCAGGGUGAACGACCGCAAUGAGAUCUUUUUCCUUGAGAUCAAUUUUACUUGUUCAGUUUUUUAUACUGAUGGAUAUGAAGGUUCCGCUGAUUUUAUUUUAAAGUUUGAUGAAGCGGGUCAAAAAGGUUUCCUUGACCAGAUCAUUUCUGAAGGUAUCGCGAGACAUCAACGUAAUAGAAAGCCCUACCAGAUGAAGGGCAAUUCCAUUGCUGGUUUUGGUAUUUAUGCAACUCGUCCCAUUCGUAAGGGAGAUAUCAUUUUUACCGGGGAAGAAAAAGCACAACGGAUCGUCACCAAACGUUUCGUUGAGAAGCAUUGGAGUGAAGAGCAAAAGCUGAAUUUCCGUCGGUACGCUUAUGCGGUAAGUGAGGAAGUGUUUGUGUUGUGGGAUGAAGACCCCGCUGAGUGGUCACCACAGAAUCAUAGUUGCGAUGCCAACACUGGACUUGAUGGUUUAAAUGUAGUCGCCCUUCGAAGUAUCAAAAAGAAUGAAGAACUAACACUCGACUACUCUCAUUUUUUAGACGAUAAUAUGGAGCCAUUUGAGUGUCGUUGCGGAUCUUCCAAUUGCAGAGGUACCAUAACCGGUGUUCCAGGUAAUUCUGUCAACUGGCGCGAACAACGCUUUUAUGCCGUCAACGUGAAGUAA